AUGGCCACUUACAGCUUCAGGCAAGCCACCUUUUCUGGGCCCGGGGGUCUUGGUGGCUCCUCAGCCCGUCUUGGAGGCUCCUUCAGGACCCCGAGUAUCCACGGGGGAUCUGGUGGCAGGGGCGUGCAGGUCUCCUCUGCUCGGUUGGUCUCCUCUGGCCUCGGCAGCGCUGUCGGUGGUGGCUAUGGCGGUGGCUUUAGCAGUAGCUUCUCUGGUGGCUUUGGUGGCGGCUACGGCGGUGGCGUGGGCAGUGGCGAUGGCCUCCUUUCGGGGAACGAAAAGAUAACUAUGCAAAACCUGAACGACCGCCUGGCAUCCUACCUGGACAAAGUGCGAGCGCUGGAAGAGGCGAAUUCCGAUCUUGAAAUCAAAAUCCGAGACUGGUACCAGAAACAAGGACCAGGCCCUGCUCGGGACUACAGUCCUUAUUACAAGACUAUCGAAGACCUUCGAGAAAAGAUCAUGGCUGCCACCAUCGACAACUCCAAGGUGGUGCUGCAGAUCGACAACGCCAGGCUGGCUGCUGAUGACUUCAAAACCAAGUUUGAGACGGAGCAGGCUCUGCGCCUGAGCGUGGAGGCCGACAUCAACGGCCUGCGCAGGGUCCUGGACGAGCUGACCCUGGCCAGGGCUGACCUGGAGAUGCAGAUCGAGAACCUCAAGGAGGAGCUGGCCUACCUCAAGAAGAACCACGAGGAGGUGAGAGCUCUGGCAACGCAGAGAGAAAACUCCUUCCAUUUAGCACUUAAUCCUUCCAAAAGGAAGGAUGCCGAGAACUGGUUCCACAGCAAGACCGAGGAGCUGAACCGUGAAGUCGCCGUCAACACGGAGCAGCUGCAGAGCAGCAAGACGGAGGUGACGGAGCUGCGGCGCACGCUGCAGGGGCUGGACCUGGAGCUGCAGUCCCAGCUGAGCACGGUGCCGGCGCUGGAAAACACGCUGGCCGACACGGAAGGGCGCUACGGAGCGCAGCUGGCGCACAUCCAGGCGCUCAUCUCCAGCGUGGAGGCGCAGCUGGGCGAGCUGCGCGCCGACAUGGAGCGCCAGAACGGCGAGUACCGCGUCCUCAUGGACAUCAAGACGCGCCUGGAGCAGGAGAUCGCCACGUACCGCCAGCUCCUCGAGGGCCACGACAGCCCGACGUUUGGCUCCCUUUCUGCUGCUGACGCAGGGGACAAGGCGGCUGACGGCAAGAGGAACUAG